AAAAACUGUUUCAAGCAGGUACACACGUAAAACUCUAGAAUAUUUUUUGGCUCCUCCAAGUUUUUUCGAAACGAGUAAAACAAACACCGCACCGAACCAACAAAAAGUUGUUGAUCGUUUUUUUGUAUAAAAGUUUGAAGUCUGUUAGCCCCAACUGUUCGUAAAAAUGGAUCGCGUUUUCGGCAAUGUUCAGGACAAGCUCAAGAGCAUGAUGAAGAUGGAGAGCAAGGGCAUGGCCCUGAAGCUGGUGGGAUUCUACGCCGUUGGCUAUACCCUGCGCAAGUUGAUCAAGUAGAUGGCCGUCCCCAAAGCUCAGAUCUUCGUCCGUUUUGUUCCAGUCUUUGGCACAAGUUUACAAAUUCAAUGUUCAAAUCGUUUGAGGGUUAAUAAAUGAUGAUCAUACCUCCAAA